AUGAAGGACCCAAAAUCGGAACCCGCCCCUCAAGACGACUAUGGUGGAGAGGCGAAGUGGCAGGGGCCCGGGAUCUUGGCUGAUGGAUGUGCUUCGUGCGACGCACACCAAGGCCCCGGUUCAAAACGAUUACAACGCUGCGCAGGCUGCAAGAGGGUCCUAUACUGCAAACUCUGCAAAUUGAAUGCAAAGAUGCUUCAAGAAAUCAGCGGUUCUCAGCCUCAAGCUGCGGGGGUCGCAGCAGAGUUCGACAAAUGGGCUACAUUACACCGUCCAAUAUUCGUAUUCGCAAUCUAUCAUGCCCUGCAACUCGGGAAAAAUCCAGACGCGUACAAGUCUCAUGGCUUAUAUGUCGAGUUCACCGCCAAGCCCGAUCGCCACAAAUAUCCGCUACACCAAAGGUACAACGUCGGCAUGGGAUGCAUUGUUAGCCUAGAUACUCUCCAUCAAAUGGUAAGCGAGACGCCGCAUGGAGAAGAGUUGGCAACCGUCUAUCCAAGGCCGGAAGAGGACCGUCAAAUUGGCGUUAUUUUGCUCACUUUCAACGGCAUGGCGCGGUGGCAACGGUUGGGACUGAUGGAGCUUGAGCAGCUUGGAGCAAUUGCGAGGAGCAUCGGAAUACCAAAGGACUGGGUAUCCUGGUUAGAAAAGGCUAUCAACGAGAACUUACAGGCUAAGAUCAGAUUACCGAGGGAUUUCAAGGGUGGUCAACAUUAG